AUGGGUUCAAUCGACAAAGACUAUGCGCCAUCUCGACUUCCGCUAGAGGACUCUGUGAGUCUUCUUUCCGGUGAAGACUUUUGGCGAACUACUCCAAAUAAAGCCCUUGGACUUGGAUCCCUCAAGUUCUCCGAUGGUUCCAAUGGCGUCAGAGGAGAAGACUGGAUCAACGGAGCGCCUUCAGCUGCUAUUCCUUGCGGGACUGCGCUGGGGGCCUCUUUUGAUGUGGAAUUGGUGUCGCGACUUUCGAAUCUCCUCGCAAGGGAGUGCAAGCGCAAGGGCGUCCAUGGGCUAUUGGCUCCUACCAUGAACAUCCACCGCUACCCUCUAUGCGGACGGAACUUCGAGUCCUUUAGUGAAGAUCCCUUGCUGAGCGGCUUGAUUGCUGCUUCCUUCGUCCAGGGCUUACAAGCACAGGGUAUCGCUACCAGUCCCAAGCACUUUCUCGCGAACGAGGCAGAAAACGGACGACGAUGGAGCGACAGUGUCAUACAAGAGCGCGCAUUGAGAGAGAUUUAUCUCGAGCCUUUCAGGAUUGUGGUACAAAAGGCAGACCCAUGGGCUAUCAUGACUGCAUACAACUCGGUCAACGGAUCGUUCUGCUCCGAAUCGAAAACACUUCUCUCAAUCCUUCGUGGCGAAUGGCAUUACAAUGGCGUAGUCAUAUCAGACUGGUUCGGAACCUACAGUACAGUAGAGGCUUUCUCGGCUGGUCUCGAUCUCGAAAUGCCCGGCCCUACGAAGUUCCGCGAACAAGAUAAAGUCCUGGGUUUGCUCAAGCGCGACGAAAUAGAGAAGCGCCAGAUCAGAGACUCGGCUUCCAGAGUCCUGGAUCUACUACAAAAGACUGGUCGGAUUGGGCAGCCGGGUCACCCUCCGCCGUCAAAGGCUGAAGAGCCAGAGUAUCUCGACAAUUUAGAGACGAGGACCUUGCUACGGCAAGCUGCCGAGUCAAGUAUGGUCCUGUUGAAGAACGAAGGAAGCACACUACCCUUAGUCAAUCGUAGGACCAAGCUCGCAGUAUUCGGUCGUCAUGCGACGGAACCAUCCUUGUUCGGUGGAGGCUCUGCAAGUAUCAAGGUUCCAUACUCGUCUACACCAUGGGACGCUAUUCAAGAAACCUACCACGACGCUGCUCUUGGCCCAGGUGUCGCGAUUGAGCGUCUCGUACCGCUCCCGAAUGAAUGUGGCCUCGAACUUGGGGAUAUCACCCUUACAUGGUACAAUGGAGACACUGUAUCAGACAGCGCGCGCUUCUUUUCGCAGCAGUUGAAAGAUACACUUUACAUGCUGGUUGAGCAUGCCCCAGGCGGUCUAAUCGAUCGAUCCAAUUUCUGCACGUCCAUGAAGUUCGUGUUCACUGCUCAGCAUACUGGCCCUUUCCACAUUAGCCUCUCCGGGCCUGGAAACGCCCAAUGUCUUGUGGAUGGCGAGAUCGUACUCGAUGUGCAGAGAGGGCUUGAUAUUUCUACAGAGGACUUCUUAUUUGACCGGUCCAAGCUUGAAGUAUCGAGAGACAAGCCACUGCAGUUACAAGCAGGACUACGAUACAACUUUGAGGUGGUGAACUGGUCUUCGAAGCACAAGGCUCAGAAUGUGAAUCGAGAGUUCUUCAUCCAAGGCUGUCGACUUGGUCUAUCACCAGCUCGAGAUGACGACAAGGCUUUAAUUGACGCUGAGCGUUUGGUUGAGACUGUUGAAACCUCAAUAGUGGUUGUUGGUACUGGCACAGAGUGGGAAUCUGAGGGUUUUGAUCGCGUCAGUAUGCAACUUCCACGUCGCCAAGACGAACUCAUUCUCCGAGUGGCCGAAAAAUGCAAGGGUCGAACAAUUGUGGUGGUCAAUGCCGGGUCUCCAAUUGAUAUGAGUGGUUGGAUAGACCAUGUCGACGCUGUCGUUUAUGCAUGGUUCCCUGGCAUGGAAUUUGGCAGUGCGUUGGCCAGACUGCUUUCUGGUGAAGUGUCACCUUGUGGUCGACUCCCAACCACGUUUUGGGACAAGGUUGAAGACUAUCCUGCCGGGUAUGUUGAGGAGUUGAUGACCGCCGAUAGGAAGAUCCAGUAUCGAGAGGGUGUGUUUGUUGGCUAUCGUCAAGAGUCUCUUCAAUCGUACACGCCCCGAUUCAGCUUUGGUCAUGGCUUGAGCUAUACAACUUUUAGUUGUUCUGUCAAGAGCCACACUGCGUCUCUCGUCCAAAACAGUCCGAGUUUCACCGAUAGAAUCAUCUUGACUCUUCAGAACACCGGUUCUAUUACCGCAAGCGAGACUGUAUUGCUAUUCAUGGAAGCCAUAGAUCCUACCACAACAAGACCGCGCGUGGAGCUACGAGGGUUCGCAAAGACUCGUCUUCUUGAACCAGGCCAUUCCCAGGAUUUGGAGUUCAUCCUGAAACCGCGCGACUUUGCUUACUGGGAUGAGAAAGCUCAUCUGUGGCGUAUUGACUCUGGUUCAUACAAGGUGCAUGUGGCAGGAUCGCGUGGAGUUGGAGAUUGGAGGGAUAUCGAGGAUGUUAUUGUCAAGUUUGCGGAAGGGAUAACAAUACCUUAG